UAAACAAGUGUGGCGUCUGCUAAGUAGGCUGGACAGCUUGAUGGCACGAGUUUAUAAGAGCAGAUACUACCCCCAAAACUCAUUAUUUGAUGCUACCGUAGGAUGCAAUCCUUCGUUUAUCUGGAGGGGUUUAAUGGAAGUCAAGGACACAAUCUGCCUGGGCUGUCGUAGAUGCAUUGGUGAUGGAAGAGGAACUAUUAUUGGAACCGAUCCCUGGCUGGUUAACGUGGAAAAUCCCUUUGUUACUACGGAUCUGCAUGAAUCAAUAAGUAAUGCUACUGUCAGUUCUUUGCUUAGCGAAAAUGGAUCGGGCUGGGACGCGGAAUGUGUAAGGGAUAUUUUUAAUGAGAGGGACGCUAACGUUAUCCUUAAUAUCCCGGUCCCCCCUAAAGUUAAAAUUUUCUGCUGGCAACUUGUUUCGUCUGUUUUACCCACACGUGAUGCGCUGUUGUCUAAACAUGUUCCAUGCAAUUUGUACUGCCAUAUGUGUGAACAAGUGCUGGAGACCGCAACUCAUUUGUUUGUGGACUGUCCGGUUGCUGCUGCUGUUUGGACACGUAUGGGGCUGCCACCAGUGAGUAAUCAAGUAGGAAUGACAAAGUAUGGAAGGGAAUUUCAUUCUCUAGCUCUAAUGUCACGAACAUGGCUCUAUCCUUCCUUAAGAACUGGAGAGGUGCAAACAUGCUGAAUGUGGGGAGAACUGAUGAUGCAAAUGCAUUGUGUAGGUGGAAAUUACCAUCCCUUGGUCGAGUGAAGCUAAAUACUGACGCCGCUCUUGAUGUGGAAAAUAACGUGAUGGGACUAGGAUGGGUGUUACGGGAUGAUGGUGGAAGAUUUUUGGCUGCGAAAGGGUUAAGGGUGGAGGGUACGUACGAGGUUAAAGUUGCAGAGGCGAUAUGUGUCAGGGAAGCCCUCAGUUGGUUGAAGGGGACAGGCAUGGGAGACGUGGAUGUUGAAAUGGACUCACAGUUGGUUUAUUAUGCUUUACGUUCUAGUUCUUUUAAUUCUGCUUUUGGUUUUAUUGUUGACGAUGUUAAAGAAGUUGCAUCCACGAUUGAUGGUGUACACUUCUAUUUUGUUAAGCGAUCUGCGAAUCGUGCUGCCCACACUGUUGCUAGGGAAGCCGUUUCUGUGUCAGGUUGCGGGGAAUGGUUUGAUAGCCCUCCCCUUUAUCUUGUUGGUUGCCUUGCUGCUGAUUUAAUGAAUUAAGUAUCUUCUUUCAAAAA